GAUACACCGACGGAUUCCAUCGAUCGAAGGCGAGACAACGCGAAACCGUUCACCGGCCGUGCCAAGUGUACGUCUUAACGAGAGCGAACCUGUCGGAUGCGAUAUUCGUGGCCGAAUACGAGUAUGUAUUCGAGAACGAUCCGAUCGAGGAGAACGAUAGGAGGGAGGAGAUGCAAGGGACGACGCACUCAGGGACGGCCUCCUCGUUCGAACGUUUAACCAAACGCAAGAUCUCCUUGUGUCUCAGAAUCGACGAGGAGAAGCUACUGACGUUGAGGAAAAUAAGUUUAGCCGGACAAGGUAUAAAGGGCCUGCUGGAGGAUUCGAUCGAAUUGCCAAACUUGAGGGAGCUCGACUUGUCCUACAAUCGUCUCGAUGAGUUUCCAAAUUGGCGAAUGAUCGUCCACGUUAAGAGAAUGAACGUCAGCUUCAACGACAUACGGUCGAUCAAGAUGAAGGAAAAAUUGUCUGCGUUGGAGGAACUCGACAUCUCGUGGAAUUCCUUGACAAAGUGCAGAAAGAGUCUCGAAACUUUGAAAACGUUCGCCCCGAGCCUAAAGACGCUGAACCUCGAAAGAAAUCCUUUUUCCGAUAUCGUCCAACGCGAUAAGAUCGUUCUAUUGACCGGCAUAUACUUUCCGAGUAGGACCGAAGUUCGUAACCUUGGCUCAUUGGAUCCGAAGGUGUUCGGUCUGAAGGUGGCUCGCAAUACCUUGGCGGAGCUUUACGAUCGACACCCGACCAUUUCCAUAUCCCACUCCCCGAUCGGCCGGGUGCACUUGAAGAAGCCGUCGGUGCAUUUGGUACGAUUGCAUUUGAUCGACAAUUGCAUCACCGAUCUCGACGGUCUCACGCAGGAGCACUUCCCGAAAUUGAAGUACCUCGAUCUUACCAACAAUCUGAUAACGUCCUUGCGACCGAUGGGCUCGUACAACACGAUCGUCGAGUUUUAUUGCGCCCACAACGAUAUUAGAAGACUGCAGGAAAUCGAGAAUCUUAAAAGCUGGCAAAAAUUACAAGUCGUCGAUCUCAGCUACAAUCCGGACGAAUCAGCGAUUUCUUACAAAAACUUUCUGAUAUUUCAUUUGGUCGAUCUGAAGGUAGCUUUCCGUUACGACUCGUUUACAUUUUAUCGUCGCCCCGCCGCGUUACUUCCUCGCGCAUCUCGAGAUAUACGCAUCUCGUUUAUCAUCGGCAGUACGUUUCCGGGCAAUGGGUGGAGAAGUCGAGUAUCGCGGAAGCGAGAAACGUCCUUGGAAAUAUAUUGGAUCAGACGAUGUUGCUGACGAUGAAUCUUGCCCCGAAAUUGACGAACGUCAGACAAUUGGACGUCGUCAGGUGUUCCAUCAGAAAGGUCGCUUUCAACGUUAGGAAAAUGUUGGAGUCGGCGAUAGGUAUUUGAAAAUAUUUUCCAUCGUUCUCUUUCAGAUAAAUCUACCGUCGAAUCUGUUGCCUCAUUUGGAGAGUUUAGACCUGAGUAGAAAUCGUAUAAUCUCUCUCGACGAUCUAAAUGCCCUUCCGAAACUAAAAACUUUACGUAUGAGCUACAAUCGUUUGGAGAGCCUCCACCUUGACAGAUCGAACGAAUCCGAUGGCUUUCCAAAUUUGUCCACCUUGUACUUGGAUCAUAAUCGUAUCGGCUCGAUAACGUUGACCGACGAUAGCCACGUAUUUCCAACGUUGAAGCAUCUCUUUUUGCAUCACAAUAGAUUAGCGAACGUAUACGGUAACGCUUCCUCUACAUUUGCUCUCUCGUUAUAGUAUCACACGAAAAUCGAUUGUGUUGCGCCUCGACGAUUCGUCCAUUCCUUUCAAGGUUUACGACAGAAUUCCACUCUGGAGAUUCUGAUAAUAGAUCACAACAAAAUAGAAACGAUGGACGUCGAUUCUUUCCACGAGAAUAAUAACAUCGCCUGCCUGUCGAUCGAGAGCAACAAAAUUCAAGAUCUGCGCUUCGUCAAAAGACUGCAGUGUUUGAAGAAGCUUCACGUAGCCGACAACCUUAUAGCCGUAAGCCAUAGAAACCCGCGCUUAUUACUUAUGUCAUAUCGUAGAGCUAACGUUCUUGCACUCGCUAGAUCUCGAUCGAUCAUUUUCAGAACGAAAACGAGCUCGACAAUUUAACGUUGUUGACGAACUUGGAAGAGUUGACUCUCUUGGGCAAUCCUCUCUCGGAAACGGUGAAUUAUUAUAAAUUCGCUUUACGUAGUUUGGCCAAAAUAAAGAGUAUCGAUGGAUAUAGCUUAUCGAAUAAAACUUGCGGCUGCAACGAUCUUUCCGUCUACAAAUGCGUGCAAGUGCACUCAGAAAAUUGAUCGUUAUCGUUUUAAAAC